AUGUCCCGCAAGCAAGCGGCCCGGGCCCGGCCCGGCGGCCCCAAGAAGGCCCGGCGGUCCCGGCAUCCCACCGGGGGCACGGCUCUGAAGCCCUCGGAGGGCGGCGGGGGCCUCGCCAGGCAGCUCCGAGCCCUCGGCCUCAAGCUGCGGGAGGUGCCGGGGGAUGGCAACUGUUUGUUUCGUGCCCUGGGUGACCAGCUGGAGGGACACUCCCGGAACCACCUCAGGCAUCGCCAGGAGACGGUGGAGUACAUGAUAAAGCAGCGAGAGGACUUUGAACCCUUCGUGGAGGAUGAUGUUCCCUUUGAGAAACAUGUUACCAAUUUGGCAAAGCCUGGUACCUUUGCUGGCAAUGAUGCUAUUGUGGCCUUUGCAAGGAACAAUCAGAUGAACGUGGUUAUUCAUCAGCUGAACGCACCGCUGUGGCAGAUUCAAGGCACUGACAAAAGCAAUGUGAGGGAGCUGCAUAUUGCAUAUCGGCACGGGGAGCACUACGACAGCGUGAGGAGAAUCAACGAUGAUUCUGAAGCCCCAGCAUAUCUUCAGAUGGAGAUGCUCUCCAAAAAUGACUCAAAUAAGGAGGAGGAAAUGAAGCAACAGAAGGAUGACUCUGAAGAUGAGACUGAAAUUGAAAUGGAAGCUGCUGUACAAGAAGUGUGCAGUGCAACUGGGUGUUCAGACAUUGAGUUGGUAAACCAGGUUCUGAAAGUGGAAGACUACAACGUAGAAUCUGCGAUAUUUGCCAUCUUUCAAGUGCAGGAAGUGGAAAGAAUCAGUGCUGAGGAGCAGAGUGAUCCCCAGAGCGAAGGUCAGAAGCUGUGUGCCUCAUCUCUGUGUGAAGAUAAUGGAAGCAGUUCAAGAAUCUUUGGAAGUCAGAGUUUGCAUCACCAUGAAACAGAAAAUACCAAAGCACGGGCUAGACCUGAUGAAGAGAGUCGAGCUAAUAAAAACUUCAAGGUAUUUAAAAAACAAAAGAAGGAACAGCAGCGGCUGGAGAAGAAGAAGCGGCAGGAAGAAAGGCACCGACAGAAGGUCUUGGCCAGUAGGAGUAACUGUGCAGAUAGCAACAGGACAGAGGUGGACUCAGAUAAUCAAAUAACCUUGGUGAAGACCAUGGCAGCUCUAAAUAUAUGACUGAACGUGUUCUGAGCGACCUGGUGAGAAAAGCAAAGGAUUCUGAUGAAGAUAAAUUUCCUCUUAAGCAAACUUCCAAGCAUCUGUUGUUACUGUGAAAUUGUUUUGUGUGGAGGUUGCUGAGCACGUAGGCACUUUGUUUCUUCACUUGCAGGGCAGGCAGUUGUUCAGUAAUCCUACAGCAACCUGUGUGAGAGAAGAGUUUUAAACCUAACAAAAAAAAAAGUAGGGACUGCUUUUCAUUAUCUUGGUGGUGAUGAUGAUGAAGGUGAGAAUUUUCAUUACACAGCAGCGUCAGAUUUGCCUUGAGAUCUCUUCAUGUGCUUAGAUUUAUUAUGGCAACUUUUUACUAUGGAGGAGAUUUAUUUUACCUUACUGUCAGGGAAAGUGAUAACAAUUCUCAACUCAGGAAUGUGCUUUUUUUU